UCAUAUACAUUAAUCAAAUUUACUUAUUUCACAAUAAUCAACUUGACUUUGAAUUAAUCCCCUGACGAAGAGUAUUCAAGUUUGGUGCCGCCGGUUUGGUUUUUAUUUAUUCACCAAGUACUCCGUUUUAGUUGUAUAAAUACACUCUACCGUCUGCGUAUUUAUUUCAUCAACCUCAAAGAUCUCUCAACUUUUAAAUACAAAAAAAAAAUACAAGAGAAAUAUUUUUAAAAUCAGUCAAUGGCAGGAAUCAAAGUUUUUGGCCACCCUGCUUCUACAGCCACGAGACGAGUUCUCAUCGCUCUGCACGAGAAAGAACUCGACUUCGAGCUUGUUCAUAUCGAUCUCAAAGAUGGUGAACACAAGAAAGAGCCUUUCCUUUCCCGCAACCCUUUUGGUAAAAUUCCAGCCUUUGAAGAUGGAGGCUUCAAGCUUUUCGAAUCAAGAGCAAUUACUCAAUACAUAGCUCAUGAAUACGCGGACAAAGGAAACCAACUUCUCUCGCCUGGCUCCAAGAACAUGGCAAUCUUGGCCAUGGGGAUGGAAAUAGAAGCUCAUGAGUUUGACUCAGUUGCUUCAAAGCUUGGUUGGGAACAAAUCUUCAAGAACUUCUUUGGUUUGACCACAGACCAAGCUGUUGUUAAAGAAGAAGAGGUUAAGUUAGGCAAAGUGCUUGACAACUACGAAGCUAGGCUUGGUGAGUCUAAGUAUUUGGCUUGUGAUCACUUCACUUUGGUCGAUCUUCACCAUAUCCCUGUGAUUCAGUACUUGCUUGGUACUCCAACUAAGAAACUCUUUGAUGAGCGUCCACAUGUCAGUGCUUGGGUUGCUGACAUCACUUCUAGGCCUUCUUCCCAGAAGGUCCUCCUUUAAGUGGAUUUUAAAAAAUCAAAAAUGUUAAUCAGAAAGACUGAAUAAAUGUGGGGAUGACCUCAUAGCUCAAUUCCCAUAAACUCUGUUUUCUCUGUUCUUUUUUUUUUUCUUUUUUCAUGUGUACGCUGCUUUUCGGUUUAAUGAGAUAUUGAUUUGCAUGUAAUCUUCAGUUAUGAGUCUUGAUAUAUAAAAACAGAUUUUUAUUUAACAAUCAUAUUUUAAAGUUAGACUUUAACAUUUUUCAAAACUGUAACCUAAUAUUAUAAUUGUAAGAAAAUUAGUGAACUUUUUCAAAAUUGUAAGAAGAAAAAAUAUUUCAAACUAAGCAUAUAACAUAUUGUAUGUUAUAUGUAUCUUCAUAAAAUCUUACAAGAGACUAGAGAGAGCAAAUGGGAGAAGAAAGCUACGUGUUGUUUGGCUGUGUUCACAACAAGUCCAUGAGGUUGAUAACACAGUUCAAAAGGACGUUAAUUUUGUAUGGUCUUCCAAGAAUUUUCUCUUAAGUAUCAUCAAUUCAUGUCUUGAUAAACAGACUGAUUCAUUGAUCUAAAGAUGUUUGAAUGCUGUUAUGAAACGCGUUAUGAUUCGGUGAGAAACAAAAUUUGGUAUUUUUAAAGAGGUUUGUAUUAUCUUAAAACGUGAUUUCGUUAGAAAGUGCUAGUCUAAUAAUUAUCGAUUAUUUUAGAUUAGUUAAAGAGGGGUUAGGUUUUAUUGUCCUUGUUUGCUUGGGAUAGCGAUAGCCCAACUCUUCUCAGAGUCUUUGUGGAAGAGAAAACAAAUCAUAGCUUAAAGAUUCCAGUGCUUUCAGAUCAUUAAGAAAAUAUGAUACUAUUGAUAUAAAAACAAAAAAACAUUCAAAUGGAUAAUGAGAAAACGCUUGACCGCUCAAAUUUAUCAAAUUGUUUUGGUACAUUUCGUGUCAGUUCUAACAAAUAUUCAACCACUCCCAACAAAUCUCCAUUAAUAAAUCAUUCAUUAAUCUUUUUUGAAUCUCAUUGUCAAAUGGCAUUUAUGUAAAUAUCUUAAUACAUUCUAUAAUGUUUAAAUAUUUAUCUAUUAAACAAAAUCACAUAAUUUUGAUAAGAAAUAGAAUAAAAACAAAAAAAAACAUGUUCAACCACUAACAAAAACAAAACUUUUAUCCAUGCACUCGCCAAUGUAUAUAUAUAAACAUAAGUUAAGCAACAAGGAUGCAUACAAGAGAAACCUAAAGAAAGAAAGGAAAAAAAUGGCCAAGUCUUUCUCUCUGUUCCCAACCCUAAUGAUAGUCAGCAUCUUCUUAAUCAUCUCUUCACCUCUGAUCCAAGCCGGCUUCACCGAUGACCUCAAGGGUCUAGAAUGGUCCUCGACGGGAGUCCAUGGCUCCUCAGGCUGCCACGGUUCAAUAGCAGAUUGUAUCGGAACAGAGGAAGAGGAGAUGGACUCAGAGAUCAACAGAAGAAUAUUGGCGACAACAAAGUACAUAAGCUAUCAAGCUUUGAAGCGGAACAGUGUCCCUUGUUCGAGAAGAGGGGCGUCUUAUUACAAUUGCCAGAACGGAGCUCAGGCUAAUCCUUAUAGUCGUGGUUGCAGUGCUAUUGCUCGUUGCAGGAGUUAGGUGUCAAGAACAAGUUCUUCUCUUCUUUAUGGUUUCUUUAUAAUUUGUACGGUACUCAUAUAAGUUGGAUUUGGAUGUGAAUAAUCUUGGGUUGUUGUAUGAUCCAUUAAGUGUUUAGUUGUGCUAUAAGCUUUGAAUAUUCAUGUGUACUAUCUUGCACAAAUAAUAGUACAAGGUCUAUGUUUA